ACCGAUGCGUGCGGGAUGUCACAUCGAAUUACCGCGCGAAAUAAAAAUGAAGCGAGCUGUGAUCAGUGUGCAAUCCAAGGACAAUGCAUGUUUCGCAUGGGCGGUGGUUGCAGCGUUAUGUCCAGCUGACAAAGACGCAGAUCGUCAAUCUUCGUACUCACACUAUACAUCGGUGUUGAAUAUGCACGACAUUGAAUUUCCAAUGCGCAUAAACCAAAUUAAAAAGUUUGAACGGUUGAACAAUAUCUCGAUCAACAUUCAUAGUGUGAAGAAGAGAUAUAACAACGCGACAAAGAAAGAAGGAAACGUGGUCGUGCCCAUACGUCUUACGGAACAGAAAAUGGAGAAGCAUGUCAACCUGCUGCAUAUCCCAGAUCCGCGAGAUGAUGACAACGCUGGACACUUCGCGUGGAUUAAGAAUUUGCCCCGACUCGUCAACUCGCAGCUGAGCAAAAAGGAGCACAAGAAACAUAUUUGCGACCGAUGUUUGCAUUACUUCAGCUCGAGCGAGAAGCUGGAGAGCCAUACCGUCGAUUGUCAAAAAAUGAAUAACUGCGCCAUCACCUUGCCAAACGAUGAUAACAAAUGGCUCAGCUUCACCAACUACUGCAGGAAGGAGCGGGUCCCGUUUGUAGUUUACGCCGACUUGGAAUGUAUCCUGGAGAAGGCACCGAGGGAAAAACAAACGAGCUCGUAUGCGUAUCAACAUCAUAGCCUAUUUAGUAUAGCGUAUUACGUGCGAUGUUCCUACAACCAGUCGUUAUCCGUGUAUCGAUGCCGUCGCGAUCCGGAUUGCAUCUCGUGGUUUGUCAAAGAACUUGAAGAACUAGCACAUCGUGUAAAGGAUAUUUUGUCUGGAAAUGUCUCCAUGGAAACUUUGUCGAAAGAACAGUGGGAGACAUUUCGGAACGCUACGCUGUGCCAUGUGUGCGAGAAAUCAUUCGCAAAGGAUGAUACACGCGUGCCCGAUCAUUGCCACCUGACUGGACGGUACAGAGGUCCCGCAUAUUCCAAUUGCAAUCUAAAUUACCAAGACAGUUAUUGCAUUCCCGUGGUCUUUCACAACUUAUCCGGUUAUGAUUCGCACUUCAUCAUCAAAGAUAUAGCAACCGCGUUCGAAGGUUCAAUCAUUGGUAUCUUUCCGUACGAAUACCUUGAUUGCGCGGACAAGCUGCAGGAUCAGUGUUUACCGCCGCGCGAAUCAUUUUACAGUUCGUUGACGGGUGACACGGUAUCCGAGAGCGAUUACGCGCACGCCGUGAACAUCUGGCGGCGGUUCUCCAUUCAAACCUUGGGUGAAUAUAGCGACUUAUAUCUGAAGACCGAUGUCUUGUUACUAGCCGAUGUUUUUGAAAAUUUCCGCAAUAGUUGUAUCAAAAGUUAUGGGUUAGAUCCCGCGUAUUAUUACACUUUGCCUGAUUUUACGUGA